AUGGCGGGUAUCGUCAAGUUUCCAAGCGAAAGCCCGAAGUCGCAAUGGACCAGCGUGAAAAUAUCCCAGGAGGAGAGAAGCUCUGGUUCGACAAGUCUUGAAAAUGUUCAACUAGGUGUUGAACAAUUCCAGAAGAACGGAUUUGUCGUUAUUGAGAAUGCAAUUCCGCACGAUCUUCUCGACCAGCUUAAUCAGAGGAUGGUUGAAGAAACGGCAAUUUCAUUAGCUUGGCCACGAGUACAAUACAACCAUGGUGUCAAGCAUAAGAACAUUUCUCAGACCCCACCCCUGUCCCAAGAUUUCGUUCACGAAGAUAUAUGGGCUAAUCGCCACGCAAUCGCAAUAAUCGAGAACAUUCUUGGUCCACGUCCCGAACUAUCAUUCAUCAGCAGCAACAUCGCCUUGCCGGGUGGUAUUGGACGACAAGCCGUCCACUCCGACGCCUACCACGACCACCUUCCAUUCCCCUUCUCCAUCGAGAUCUACAUCUUCCUUUCUGACGCUUCUGCUCACAACGGCGCCACGGAGGUAUGGCUCGGCACCCACGAAGGUUACGGCAAGAAAGAUCACAUUGGCCAUGAGCGAGGCUGGAUUCCGAAGCACCUCCUCAAUCAACGUGCUGAGAUUUCUCCUCCAAUCCAGCCCACAGUACCCAAGGGGUCGGUCUGUAUGCGAGAUCUACGCCUAUGGCAUGCUGGUAUGCCCAACUAUACGCAAGAUCCGAGAGUCAUGCUGGCAUUCAUUUACUUUCCUCGAUGGUAUAGAUCCCAUAUGCACUUGACAUUACCUAAGGAGGUCAAAUCGAAGAUAGAGACUUGGAAUCAUGUUGCGGUUAAAGCAGAGUACGUCGAUGGUCCUAUGGACCAUCUGAAACAUCGACUCAAAAUGAACUUCACCCAGAUGCAGAAUAAAGGCUUGUUUGAGAGUCGAGUCGAGACGGAUGAGAAGAUGGGAAAGCCAAAGGAGGUGGAUGUGGAGCCUACGGAAGAGAACUAUUGGAUACCAGCCGGAGCUGUGUAG